AGUUCUACUGGGAGGAAGCCAUGUAUCUGUUUAUUUACUUCUACCUCCUAAUGAGCUUUUUUGAAGAAGUGCAUGGGUUUUGUCCUUCACAAUGCACUUGCAUUUACCAUGGCAGAAGUGAUGGCACUGGAACAAGGUCUGUGCUCUGUAACGAUCCUGACAUGUAUGAGAUCCCUGUGAAUGUUCCUGUGGAUACUGUAAAACUUCGUAUAGAGAAAACUGUCAUACGAAGGAUUCCAACUGAAGCCUUUUACUACCUAGUAGAUCUCAAAUACCUGUGGGUAACUUACAACUGUGUAGCCAAUAUCGACAUCAGCAGUUUCUAUAACUUGAAACAACUGCAUGAGCUACGGCUGGAUGGUAAUCUGCUCUCAACUUUCCCUUGGGAAUCGCUGGCAGAGAUGCCCAACCUACGGACUCUUGAUUUGCACAACAAUAAGGUGACCAGCAUUCCCGCUGAUGCUGGCCGGUACCUGAGAAACCUCACCUACCUGGACAUAUCCAGCAACAAGCUAACCACCUUGCCGUCAGACUUGGUGGACAUCUGGCCCCCCUUCUCAGAAGCUGCCCUGUCCAAGAACACAGAAAUUCUGGUGACUCAGAGAGUCAUUUUGGGUUUGCAGGACAACCCAUGGUUUUGUGACUGUCGCAUUUCAAAGCUAAUUGAAUUUUCCAAAAUUGUGGACAACUCACUUAUACUUCUUGAUCCAUUGAUUUCAUGUACUGGACCUGAGAGCCUGGCAGGAAUCUUGUUCCAGAGAGCUGAGUUAGAGCAAUGUCUGAAACCGUCUGUGAUGACGUCGGCGACAAAAAUCACUUCCCCACUGGGAAGCAACGUUCUGCUACGCUGCGAUGCGACUGGGUAUCCAACACCACAGCUUACUUGGACUAGGUCAGACAAUAUACCAGUGAACUAUACAGUAAUUCAAGAAACACCUGGAGAGGGUGUCAGAUGGUCCAUAAUAAGCUUGACAGGGAUUUCAUACAAGGACGCCGGAGAAUACAGAUGUAAAGCCAAGAACUUGGCAGGAAUGUCAGAAGCUGCUGUUACUGUCACAGUGGUUGGUGUAGUUACAACAACUGUGACACCACAGAAGUACGGAAGGAAGCAAGAGGUGGAGAGACAGAAUACCACUCAGGAAGAAUCCAAGCAGGAACCUGAGAGGACAACCACACCUCUUCCCACCUCACCAACCACCACAGCACUGGUUAGCACUGAAAGAUCAACAAGCAUCAGGUUUACUGACAAGAAGCAAUCCAGGCCUGUGUCUGAUGGAAAGAAAAAUUCAAAGGCAGUGACUAAUGGAAACAAAAAGCAGACAGAGGAGAUAAGCAAGAAAGGUGAGGAGAAAAAGCAAACUGGGGAGAUAAACAAGAAAGGUGAGGAGACAAAGCAGACUGAGGAGAUAAGCAAGAAAAGUGAGGAGGCUUCAUUGAAUACAGCAGGUAUGGCUGAGCAAAAUGUUACUGUAAAGAACCUGAGAGUGAUCAGUGAAACUGAUGAAAGAGUGACCUUAACUUGGAAAACUGUCAAUGCCACAAGCAACUCUGCAGUGACUGUGUUAUACUCAAAGUAUGGUGAGAAAGAUAUGUUGCCUCUGAGCACUGAUUCUAGCAAAAACAAAGUCACAAUUGAUGGUUUGCAACCUAGUACUCAAUAUAUGGCAUGUGUCUCACCCAAAGGAGUGCCACCUACAAAAGAGCAGUGCAUUAUUUUCUCCACUGAUAGAUUAAAUGAUGAAAGCAGCUCUCAGUUUUCCAUUCUGAUAUUGGCCAGCAGUGCAGCAUGUGUUGUUGCUUUACCUUUGAUAUUUUUCUUACUCUACAAAGUUUUAAAACUUCAUGUGAAACCAAAAACUGCAAAGGAAGCCGACCUUGCGAAAGAGACCUAUGUGAAAUUUGAAACACUGUCUCUGAAGCCUCGAACAGGGAAUGCAGGAGAUCAGCGCUGGGCACGAAGGUACACAGAUGAGUCGGAAAGACUUCUCCUUUGUUCUAGGUCAAGCAUGGAUUCUCAAAUGACCUUCAAAAGUGAGGGCUCUAGGUCUGAGUAUCUGUGUUGAACAUGGGUGAGAGUGGAGGAGACGGAAUGUACAAUAGGUAAAAUUAAUCCAAAAUUAUGAUAAUGUAUCCAGAAGCGGGUUGGUGCUCGGUGGUGGUCAGAAUGUAUUUUCUGAUGUAAUGCAGUCUACUGGAUGGGUGAGGUGGUGGGUAGGAAGGAGAAUAGAAGAAAAAUGUUGCCUGUUUAUUUUCUUUUUUUAUGUUUGUGACCUUGGAUGUGAAGGAAUGAUGUUCUUCAAAAGAUAAAUACAGCAUGAAAUGGUUGUCCAGUUAAAGAUCUUCUAUUUUUUGCUUUCAUUAAAACAUCAUUCUGUUUUGUCUUCUCCUGUUUUACUGUGUGAUUUGCUAGGAGCAUGUAUCAAACAUUCAUCACAACCUUCCUAACAAUAAUAGGAAAUCGGUUUAAGCUACUUCUAUUGAUGUCAAAACUUUAUUUGAAAAUACAGAUUUUCUUCUGACAUCAGCUUGUGCUUUGAGAUGUCAUACAGCUGUUUGUACAGUAUCUUGGACUGGAAGUGAGCUCAGGCCAACCAAGACUGAAGCUAGGUAGCCACAGCAUACGGACUCUUGCGAGGUACAAUACACAUCACGCUGUCAUUUUGCAGAUGCUAUGGCAAAGGAGCUUCUUUAGUAUUCUGAAGCUCAGGUAAGAUAUCAUUAUGAGAAACUCUGAGAAAUACUAGAAAGGUCUUUUCCAGCCUAAAAAAAAAUCUAUGAUUCUAUAUUAAUAAUGUUAAUUUACAUCAAAUGACCUUAUUGCAAAAUCUCAGCCUUAGAAUUCACUUGAAUACAUAUGUCUGUAUACCUCAAUUUCAGAAAUCUCUGUACAGAAAAUUUUGUGCUGCUGUAUAAUACAACGCACAUUCUCAUAUACCUAUAUAUUACAUAGAUAUUACACAAUAUUUUGUACUACACUGUAGCAAUAUAAUACAUUUUGAGAUACAGUAAGAGGAGGAGGUCUUGUCCUCAGAUCAUGCUGGAUGUGUAAUGAAGUUCAGUGAGCACAGUGAAAGUUAAUUGUGAGCAUACUUCCCAAUGUUUAAAAAAUCAGGUAUCAUUAGUAACGAUGAAUGCAGGAUUGCCUAUUAAUGAUAAUAAUGAAUUGUCUAUUCUGAGGCUGCUUUUUAAUUGCCUGAAGUAAAUAACGGAGCUGUUAUUGUUUUAGGUUCACGUAUUACAGUUAGGAGUAUGUAGGAAUUGAGAAACACGAUUUUUCCCAAAAAUUACAACUGCAUUGUUUUUUGGACCUUUCUAUGCUUAAAAUAACUUUGUUUUGAUAGGAAAUUGGGAGUCUUCUCUUUCCAGAGGGAGAAAUAUUACUCAAAGCUACAAACCAAAGCUUGCUUGGUUAACUUUAAAAUAGUGGCAUUUCUUGGUGUUGCUAGUGUAGGAUUAAAUUUUGCCUGCUGCAAUGCUAAAGAGCUUAUCUCGUAAGGUAUAGCCUGGCAAGAGGAAAACACUUUGUCAAAAAUCCUCCAACAUAAAAUCAUGGCAGAAAAUUAAUUCCUUGAAAAAUCUCCAUAGCAUCUACAUGAUGGUGCUCAAUGGUCAGGAAGAACAGAAUGAGUAUUUGAGACCAUGGGAGCUGUAGUAAGGAAGCAGGUGAGAUGUUCAAAAGUGCAAAAUUAGCUUACCUGCAUAUGCUUUAGAAUUAACCUUAAGUGUUCUUCUUUGUGUUACUUGUAUGUGUGGUUAAAAAGUAAUCUUUCUUCUUUUUCCUUGGAUAACUUUGAUUGCGGUGAAAAUGUUUUUAGUUUUCUGAGUGGAAUAU